AUGAGGGAGAUCCUCCACAUCCAGGGCGGCCAGUGCGGCAACCAGAUCGGGGCCAAGUUCUGGGAGGUGAUCUGCGACGAGCACGGCAUCGACCAGACGGGCAAGUACGCGGGCGACUCCGACCUCCAGCUCGAGCGCAUCAACGUCUACUACAACGAGGCCAGCGGCGGCCGCUACGUGCCCCGCGCCGUGCUCAUGGACCUCGAGCCCGGCACCAUGGACUCGCUCCGCUCCGGGCCCUACGGCCAGAUCUUCCGCCCCGACAACUUCGUCUUCGGCCAGUCCGGCGCCGGCAACAACUGGGCCAAGGGCCACUACACCGAGGGCGCCGAGCUCAUCGACUCCGUCCUCGACGUCGUCCGCAAGGAGGCCGAGAACUGCGACUGCCUCCAGGGAUUCCAGGUGUGCCACUCGCUGGGAGGAGGCACUGGCUCCGGAAUGGGUACCCUGCUCAUCUCCAAGAUCAGGGAGGAGUACCCUGACCGGAUGAUGAUGACAUUCUCGGUGUUCCCAUCGCCCAAGGUGUCUGAUACUGUUGUGGAGCCAUACAAUGCUACCCUCUCUGUGCACCAGCUUGUUGAGAAUGCGGAUGAGUGCAUGGUUCUUGAUAACGAGGCUCUCUACGACAUCUGCUUCCGGACGCUCAAGCUUACCACUCCCACCUUCGGUGAUCUGAACCACCUUAUCUCUGCAACCAUGAGUGGUGUUACCUGCUGUCUCCGCUUCCCUGGUCAGCUGAAUUCAGACCUCCGGAAGCUUGCUGUGAACCUGAUCCCAUUCCCACGUCUGCACUUCUUCAUGGUUGGAUUCGCACCGCUAACCUCGCGGGGUUCACAGAUGUACCGUGCCCUCACUGUGCCCGAGCUCACCCAGCAGAUGUGGGACUCAAAGAACAUGAUGUGCGCCGCUGACCCAAGGCACGGCCGCUACCUCACCGCCUCAGCCAUGUUCCGUGGGAAGAUGAGCACCAAGGAGGUGGACGAGCAGAUGCUGAACGUGCAGAACAAGAACUCAUCAUACUUCGUUGAGUGGAUCCCCAACAACGUCAAGUCGAGUGUCUGCGACAUCCCGCCCACUGGCCUGAAGAUGUCUUCCACAUUUGUCGGCAACUCCACAUCGAUCCAGGAGAUGUUCCGGCGCGUCAGCGAGCAGUUCACCGCCAUGUUCAGGAGGAAGGCCUUCUUGCACUGGUACACGGGCGAGGGCAUGGACGAGAUGGAGUUCACCGAGGCCGAGAGCAACAUGAACGACCUGGUGGCCGAGUACCAGCAGUACCAGGACGCGACGGUCGAGGAGGAAGAGGACUAUGAGGAUGAGCAGGAGGACGAGGAGACAGACUUAUUUUUUCGUUAUGUGGACCUGUGGUCGUCGUGUAUGCUCAUGUCGUGA